AUGCCGCACAAAGUCUGUCUCGUCGGGUCGGGCAACUGGGGCUCAGCCAUCGCGCGGAUCAUUGGCGAGAACACGGCGAAGCUGCCUGCGACGUUCGAGCGCGACAUCAACAUGUGGGUCUUUGAGGAGCACGUGGACGGCCGCAAGCUCACGGAGAUCAUCAACUGCGAGCACGAGAACGUCAAGUACUUGCCGGGCUACAAGCUCCCGCGCAACGUCAUUGCCGUGCCCGACCUGCUCGAGGCCGUGCGGGACGCGGACAUUCUGGUCUUUUGCGUGCCGCACCAGUUCCUCGGCCGCAUGCUCGUGUCGAUGAAGGCGCAGGGCCUCAAGCGCGGCGCACUGGCCGUGUCGCUGAUCAAGGGCAUCGACUUUGACGACAAGGGCGUCGUGCUCGUGUCCGACCUCAUCCGCAAGGGCCUCGACAUUGACUGCAGCGUGUUGAUGGGCGCCAACGUGGCGAACGAAGUGGCGGCCGGCGACUUUUGCGAGUCGACGUUGGGGUGUGCGGACCUGCGACACGGCGCGCUGCUGCGCGAGCUGUUCAACGCACCCAUGUUCCGCGUGGACGUGGCGCUCGACCCGCACGGCGUGGAGAUGUGCGGCGCUCUGAAGAACGUGGUCGCGCUCGGCGCGGGCUUUUGUGACGGGCUCAAGUACGGCGGCAACACGAAAGCGGCGAUCAUUCGCAUUGGACUGAACGAGAUGAAGCGGUUUUGCUUCAAGUUCUUUGACGGUGUGAAGGAAGACACGUUCUUUGAGAGCUGCGGCAUUGCCGAUCUCAUUACCACGUGCUUUGGGGGCCGCAAUCGCAAAUGUGCCGAAGCGUUCGUGACGGAGAAGAAGACGUGGGAGGAGCUCGAGAUGACGAUUUUGAAUGGACAGAUGCUGCAGGGGACGCUCACUGCGAAGGAGGUGUACGGUAUCCUGAAACAGCACAGCGCUGUGGACCAGUUCCCGCUCUUUGCGGCCAUCUAUCGCAUUGCGUUUGAAGGCGCGGACCCGGCAACGAUCACGCAGUUUUAG